CAGAACGACGUUAAAACACGGAACAGGAGGAAAAUUGUUGCUCUGGAGAUGAGACCUCUUAUGCCAAGACUAAUCCUGGGCUGAGUGUUUACCAGUGCGCAGUUGUUAUUCCUCCACUAGACAUUCUGGCUGGACUGCAGUCCCUGGAAAUAAUCACAGCUGCAAUGCAGCGGCACUUCCCGCUUUCUUAGCGCUGUAAUCAGGAGAGGCAGGUCUGAGCACAGGAGAACGGCAAGGAGGGAAGGGCUGCUAGAAAAUCUGGCUGAGCUCCUACUUGGGGAUCUGCAGAACACUCAGGAGAAAUGACUUGCUGGAAAGUGGUGAAAUCUGUUCUCAUACUCUGCCUGAUCCUCAUUCCCAUAUUUAUCUGGAUGACCGUCUGGAAUGGGCCAGUCCACUACCUUCCACACUACCUUCCUUGCCCAGAAAUCUUCUCCAUGAAACUACAAUAUGCAGAAGAGAAGCCUGUCCAGCUUUUCCCCCAGCUAUUUUAUCCUCAGCCCAGAUUACUGGAUCAGAAGCGCCAGGACGUGCUGACUCUCACACCUUGGCUGGCCCCCAUUGUUUGGGAAGGAAUUUUCAACUCCGAACUCUUGGACAGUGCCUACAAGCCACUGAACCUCACCAUAGGGGUGACAGCCUUUGCCGUUGGCAAGUACACCACAUUUGUGGGCCGCUUUGUGGCUUCGGCGGAGAAGCUCUUCAUGAAAGGCUAUCGAGUGAAGUACUACAUCUUUACCAACGACCCCCAGGUGAUCCCCAGAGUCCAGCUGCAGCCCGGCCGGAGCCUCAGCAUUGUCCCCAUCAAAAAAUACUCUCACUGGCAGGAGAUUUCCAUGCGCAGGAUGGAGGCAAUAAACAGGCAUAUCGCAGAGGUGAGCCACCAGGAGGUGAACUACCUCUUCUGCCUGGACAUCGACAUGGUGUUUCACAACCCAUGGGGGGCGGAGACUUUGGGUGAGAUGGUAGCAGCCAUACACCCUGGGUACUACAAUGUCCCUCGCAGCCAGUUCCCUUAUGAGAGGAGGAGCUCUUCCGCUGCCUUCAUCCCUGACAGCCAGGGGGACUUCUACUAUGCAGGGGCCGUCUUCGGCGGGCUGGUCAAGCAGGUGUACGAGUUUACCAGGGCCUGCCACAUGACCAUCCUGACAGACAAAGCCAACGGGAUCAUGGCGACCUGGCAGGAGGAGAGCCACCUCAAUAGGCACUUCUUUUCCCACAAGCCCUCAAAGCUCCUCUCCCCGGAGUACGUGUGGGAUGACACCAAGCCCAAGCCGCCUGAGGUGCGCCUGAUACGCUUUUCCACGGUGGAUAAGGACUACAAGGAGAUACGGGACUGAUGUGUCAGGCCCUCUUGGAGGUAUCUAGCCCUCUCUUUUUUGCCAUGCAAUCAGGCCCUUGACCUGCUGCCAGUGCAGGAUGUGUCCCAGUCAGUGUUUUGGCUCCCCUCUGUGGAUGGAUUGUGGAGCUGGCACUGGGAAGGGCAGGUGGUUCUUUCAGCUCAGGGAUGGUGUAAGGUACUUGUUGAGAAUGGUGUGAUGAUGCCUUAGUGAUGGUGACUCCUUGAGCUACUUGAUUCCUCUUCCCUGUAAAACUGGGAGGCUGCCAGGGCCUGGAUGGUGGCCUUUUGCCAAGCAAUACCAAAGCUUAGAAUCCCCUGUGUGCUGGUUUAAAAGAAAAAAACCCAAAUUGUAGUUUGGUCUGAGCCUGGGCAAUAAAAUGACAAUCAGUCCUGUCAAACCUCAGCCCUGAAUGGAAAGGUGCUGUUAACUUUCAUGAUGUUUUUCACGCUCCAGAAGCAAGGCUCAACUCGUAAUUAGCCUGGGGAACUCAUUGCCACAAGUCAUUGCUGAGACCAAGAAUUUAGCAGGAUUCAAAAAAAGAUUGCACAUUAAUCUGGAUAAGGAGAAUAUUCACAAUUGUGGUAAAAAAAUUAAAAGAAUAAACAAGGAAGAAAUAUAAACCCUCAUAGUGCAGGGCGUAAACCAACCUCCAAUGAUUGGGGUCCUGAGGAAGCUUUUCCUGGAAGAAGGUUUUUCUCUAGCUGCCUCCCACAGGGUUUAUUGCACCUUCCUCUGAAGCAGCUCGUUCCAGCCACUGUCAGAGACAGGAUACUCAACUAGACAGAAAAAUGAUCUUACCCUGUCUGGCAUUUUCUAUGUUCCUCAUAUCCUGCCCAGUUUUGCAGACCCAAGAGAUCUGAACAGAUCAGAUACAAAUCAGGCCAGCAUCUGAAUGUCUGCAUGCAUAUCUCAACCAAAGCCAACCUCUGAACCUUUUCAAUGGUUCAUAUCUCUCUGUGGAUCAUCUUCUCUGAUAAAGAAAAUUUGGCAUUGAGGUGUCCAGGCGCAUCCCACUAUUCAGUCCAUUCCAGCGUUCCUAAGCUCUGUGAAAUAAAUUGGCUAGAAGCUGCUGGGUUGCUGGGAGUAACAGUAACACCUGGAACCAGAAGAGAAAUACAAAUGCAGGAAAACAACAAUCACCUGCAAUGGUGGCUGCCUAACUAAGGCCCAAAUGCCACCCACCCUGCUGAGGCACCUGUGCCAUAAGCAUCUUUCAAAUAGCUCCCGAGGCACACGACCGAAGAAUAACGCACGUCUUUGCCACGCUCGUUUAAUGAGAGCUGCUAGAGAGACCUUGGGGAAGAGCAGAGACUGCCUGAGCACCGCUCUGCUCCUGCACUAGAAAGCAAGGAGGGGAGGGGGCAGAGGUGAGAGGGCUAAGCGGUCUGUUUCCAAGGAAACCGUUCAAAAAAGACUCAUUUGGCAGUGGAGGGAGGGAACAUGGGGAAGAGGCAGCUGGCUGCUCUUGCCUCAGAUAAUUGCUAAAUGGCAGUGAAUCAAGCGGUCCAUUUCCAAAGGCGAGUGGCUAAUGAGGCUAUUCCAGGCUAUUCCGAUUGUCACUCAGGUGUGUCACUGUGGGCAUUUACCUGCUGCAAUGCAUGUUAGAAAGGCCCUCAGCAUUUCCAUUGUUGUUAUACAUUUUAUGGGCAACACCCCCUCAGCAAUCAUCACCAGCUGGACCCAUUUUGCUCCCCUGUGAUGCUUUCUUCAUUAGGGCUUGGAUGCUGAUGUGUGCCUUAGAGAUAUAUUUGGAUCCCCUAUUAAAGUGCCCACCUUGGAGAAUUGUGCUCCUCAUCCCUUCCUCGGGACCAGGAGGCCAAAGGAAAAGCCCCAUCCUAUUUCAAGCCUUAGCCAUACGCCCCUUCCCCCCAAGAUCUCUAGCUCUUAUUUGUUAUUUGUAUUGCAGUCGUGCUUGAAGAUCCCAGCCAAGGUCCAGCUCCCAUUGUGCUGGCUGCUGUACACAUAUGGAUUAAUAGGUUAUCAGGCCAGAAGGUACUAUUGGGCUCAACUAAUCUGAUCUCCUGCAUACAACAGGCCAUUGAAUUUCACCCAGUGAGGCCUAUGUCAAGCCUAUAACUUGGGGCUGAGCUAGAGAGUAUCUCGUAGACAGGGAUCCAGUUUUGGCUUGAAGACUUCGUGACGGAGAAUCCACCACUGCCCUAGGUCAGGUGUUUCAUGAGUGAAUUACCCUCACUGUUGAAAAUGUGUCUUAUUUCCCAUUUGAAUUUGUCCAGCUUCAGCCUCCAGCCAUGGGAUAUCGAUCUGCCUUUGUCUGUUACAUUAAAAUGCUCAUUGCUAUCAGAAAUCUUCUCCCCACCAAGGUUUACAGACUGUGACCACGUCAUCUCUCCAUCCCCACCACACACAGCGAGAAGCAGUCCCUGCCUCAGGGCCAUGCAGAGGGGAUAGUACCUGCUUUCAUGACAGCUGCUUAUGGGGCCUCAGUUAAAGGUGUCUGUAUCCAGCUGUUUGAGAGAAGUUGCAGCUUUGCUUCCCAGGCUGCUGCUAACCUGGUGCUUCCCAGCCCUCCUCCAGCCAAAUCAAAGGCCCGCAGUCACCCCAGUGAUUGGCAUAGCAUAGGGUCUAAGCUGUACCGUGUCAUGGGCCGUGUUGUCCCUGGCUGGCCCACACGCUGCAGCUUCUCCCUAGGGCUGACCUCCUGUCAUGCAGCCUGCUCUGCGAAUAGCGCUUUGCAGGGCUGCAAUUUGUAACUGCGUCUGGGGAAUCCCUGUGCAUCCAGGCAGCAGGGCUGUGUGACAGGCGAGAUGCACGCCCAGCCUGGGAGGAGGGGGUGGGACCCUGGAUUAGCUCAUGCUGGCUGAGAGCAGAUGGGAACCAGUCCUCUGCCAUCACCUCUCCCUGCUUCACCCCUCUGGAGCCAAGAACACUCCCUUCCCCCAGCACUAGCAGGCAGCUUUGGCUCCUGUGGGAGGAGAGCUGGAGUCUGUCUAUGGCAGCCAGCCACAGGGCACCAUCCGCUGCCUCUGUCCGCUCCCAGGUGGCCUCCGUAAUUAGACAACAGCCUGAUUCUUCUUUUCCCUACAGCUCAGGGUGGCAUUAACACCAGGGCAAAGUGGGUCUAGAUUGCCAUCAUUCCAAUUGGGUGGCACUCUGCCCUCCUGUAAAUGAUGGCCUGAGACCCAGGCCCCCGGAGAAUUGGGCUGCCUGGGGUGGGAGGUCUGAUGUAGGAGAAACACAAAUAAGGAAACCACUUACCUUCAAAGGGGAGUGUGUGGGCUGAGGCCUGAAAUGAGCCUGGAAGCAUCACUCCAUCACAGUGUCAAUCUAGGGUAUCAUUGCAUAGGGGAAACUGAGGCACCCAGCAGUGAAGUGACCUAUCCCUUUAUUUGGUGGCAGCACGCUAGACUGACUCUGCUUCCUGCUGUAACCACUGGACCAUGCUGUCACCAGAGUUCUCAUGCCAAUGGAAUUGAGUUGAUUCUAAGUGUCCACAUAGCACCAUAUUAGAGUAUACAUUAGAGGUAGAAAUACAGGACCAGAUCCUCAGUGGGUGCAAAUUGCUGUCACUCCCUGGAAGUUAGUUCACACCGGGUGAGGCUCUGGCUCACUGCUUUCAAGAUAUUUCUGACUCAACCUCAUCCUUGACCAAGGGCCCCCUGUUCCAUCCAUCCCCCUCCAGAUGCAUGGAACAGACUCAUCAUUCAUUGUCUGUCUAACGCAAGACCCUUCUGACAAGCGUUUUCUUUCCCUCUCUUUGCUGAUUUCUUGUGCGAUGCAUUAAACCACAAAAGGAAGUCUGCGGUAGGCUGCUGGGGACAGAAACCCCCAGUGUGGAAGAGAAUCCCGAGAGAGGCCAGCUAGUGACCCACUUGAUCCCGUCAAUGGCGUGGAGUCUUUUCUGUGCCAGGCCAUGCUGGCACCACUCUGUGGCUCCCGUUUUGGCUACUCUUGAUCCUCCCCUAGAUGCCAUCUCAGGCCCUGGUGCUCUGGGUCAUGUAUCCGAAAUGUCACUUGCAACCAGUUAGUUUAAAAAAAAAUAGUAGCCUGCCUCCCCCCACCCCAAUUAGGGGGCUGGUUGGUGGCUGGGAAGAAGAGAACUGAGGUGGUCUUUAAGGGAGCUAUGACAGAGGCCUGUGGGUAGUGUAUUAGUUGUAAGUUCCUCGUGCAAAGCCAGCACAAGGAGGCUGGGAAAAUGCAGCAAAACAAGUGCUUCUGGCCAGCUUAAUGACAUGCCUGGGCAAUGAGAGGAAGCAUGGUCCAGUGACGGGUUUCUGAGCUGCAACUCGGGAGAUCUGGGCUCUCUUCUCCGAUCAGCCACUGAGCUGCUGGGUGACCUUGAGCAAGUGACUUUCCACCACUGUUCCCUCUAAGCUGUGCACGUGUACGCAUGCACACAGAUCUUAAACCCCGCGCACACGGCGAAACACCGCACGCACUCCGGUUUUGGCGGCGGCACAGAAGAACGGCCUGUUAAAAAUUAGAGGGAACAUUGCUUGCCACCUCCGUUUUCAGCUCCCCUGCCCUUUGCUUUAUCUGUUUAGAUUGUGAACUCUUCGGGGCAGGGACUGUCUCUUGCUCUGUGCACGUACAGCACCUCGCACAGCGGGAUCCCCGUCUUCAUACUAGUAGAAAUAAUAAUAAAAACAAGGUGCGCUGGUAGGAUUUCUCCCCUAGUGAGCAAUAGGGUUGCCAUGGCGGAGCUUCCUCCCUGAGCACCCCGGCUCUGCUUCACAACACUGCUCCUGGAGUCGCACGUCCUGCGGGUGGCCACAGCCAUGCGUGGGGAUCUGCAGAGGAGAUGUGUGCCAAGAACACCAGCGAUGUGCCCAGCCCCCUUUCUGUCUAGGAGUGACAACAACCGCAAUGGGAGGUGUGGGGGUGAUCGGGAAUUGGAGGCAGGAAUGCUCCACAUCAGUCUGCCUUCCAUUGACACUGAGACCCCCAUCCUGCCAUCAGAGCUGUACCUACGACUGCAGGAGCAACUCCGUAGGGAAAGUUGUGAUGGCUGAGUGUACUGGGCGUGUGAAUUUUAAAGCUCAGUAACCCUCCUUCCCCCAUCACCUCCCAAAUAGAGAUACUUUAGUUAAGCUUUUCCAGACUUAGUUACAGAUUCACCUAGAUGCUUUCAAGCAGAACGAGUUUAAGGCUAUCUGAAUGCAAAACCCUGGCAGCUUUGAACCAGGAAACUUCCCUUUUUCUCUCUCGACAUUGAACUGAUUUAACAAGAGUUAAAUGCUAGUAACCCUUUUUUAAGGAUUUUAUUCUGAGCCUUCGUAGCAACAUUUUGCCAUGAGCAAAUUUUACCAUCAACUUAAAGGUCCAAAGUCUUUCAAAUCUGUAUUUUCUCCACUGUGCAGCUGUGACUUGUUACUAUGAUUAGAGCGUUGCUCUGUAGUGACAUCUAGUGCCACUGGGCGUAAAUGAGAACAACCUUUGUCCAUGA